AACAGAACAGUUUUGAAAAGUCCACAGUAUGAGUAAAUCAGGACACCCUCCAUCUUCCAAGGAUGGAAACCCAGUUUAUCCCCACCCAGAUCAACAACAACAACAACAACAACAACAACAAAAUCAUGGUCAACAACAGCCAGCUUCCAAUAUCAGUUUUAUUCAACCAAUGCAACAACCAGCAUAUGUACCAAAUACGACUGUCAUGGUUGGGGCACCUCACAUAACGCGACAGGCUCAUGUAGUAGUUACCCCUAUCAAAGCUCAAGAGAAAUCUAUAGUUGAUGCUUAUGUUCUUUGCAUCGCAUUGGGAGUCAUUGGUGCUCAUCACCUGUAUCUAAGAAGACCAUGGUUCUUUGUGGCAUAUUUCUGUACCUUCGGACUGCUUGGUGUUGGUUGGAUCGUGGACAUCUGUAGAAUACCAUGUCUUGUCAAGGAAGCUAAUGCCCGCAUAAGAGAUGCUUCAAGAGAGAAAAGAAAGCAAAAAGUUGAUGCUUAUUUAUUGUGGUUUCCAUUUGGCAUUUUGGGUUUCCAUUUGUUCUACCUCAACAGACCUGCACAGGGGCUUCUGUAUUUCUUCACGUUCGGUCUGUGUGGAAUUGGUUGGUUGGUCGAUUUAUUCCGUAUACCCCAUAUGGUCAAUGAUUGUAACAGUGAAGUUAAAGUUUACGAACCUCAUUCCAUGUUUGCCAGCUAUGUCUUAUGUGUAUCGCCAUUUGGAAUAUUAGGACUUCACCAUUACUAUCUGAACAGACCUAUUUGGGGUAUUCUAUACACUUUCACGUUUGGUUUAUUGGGAGUUGGAUGGGUUGUUGAUUGGUUUAGAUGUUACCAUUUAGUAAUACGAGCAAGAGAAGAAGGCAAUGGAAAAAGAGACGAAAGCUUGAAGUACAUUGAUGAUAUGUACGUAUUAUGGUUCCCAUUGGGUUGGCUUGGCUUUCACCAUUUCUAUCUACGACGUUAUCUCUGGGGUUUCUUGUACUUCUUUACAUUUGGUUUAUUUGGCAUUGGCUGGUUGAUAGAUUUCUGCAGAUUACCUUGCAUGGUAAAGGAAUUCAACAAACAUAUGCUUGAAAAUAAAGAACUUGUGAAGCAGACACAACAGCACUUUAAUGGUCAAGUGAAUUCAAGAACUUCUGGAGAUUCUCUUGUUACACCUAACAUCACUCCAGGACCAGGUCAACCUCAGAUGUACAACUACGGUGCCACCGCACCACCACCACAGGGAGCUUAUGUGCAGCCAGGAAUGCCUUACCCACCAUACCAGUAUUCACACCAACAUUUACCAAAUGUUACGAUUGUACAGUCCCAAUAUGGCUAUCCAGGCCCAGCUCCAUUUCAACCACAAGUUCAUCCAGGACAACCAGGAAUGCAUUACCAACAGCAGAAUGGUGUAUAUCAGCCACCUUCAUAUGAAGAAGCAACUCAUGAUGACAAUACGGAAACCAAAGAAUCCAGAUCAAAUUAAGAGAGAUCCGUUUAAUAUUUUUUAACUUGCCACCCAAAAUUUCAAGGAUAGCUGUAACGAUUUAUGAUUUUAAUAGACAACGUAUGAUAUUUGUCGUACUCAUAUCAUUUUCAAAGGAAAAGUUUAUAAAGUUUUAUCAUUUGGUAUAUUGUGUAGACCUAUGUGUACAAUAGCUAUUGAAAAGUUUUGCCAACAGCAAGAAAUUGUGUAUAUAUCUGCAGUUCUCCGUACUAAAGUCAUAAGUGUCCAUUCUUAUAAGAACAACAUUUAUACCGGUGACAACCAUAUUUUUUUUUACCUGAUAUCGCUUGAAUGGUGAAUAUAAUAUUUGUAUGUGUUUAUAUUUAUAGGGAAAUAUAAUGCUCUAACGAACAUGACACUUCAUAUUGUCGUCGUUCAUGCUUUUCUGAUCUUCAAUUUUCUCGUAAGCAUUAAGAUAUUUAGAAAAAUAAUGAAAUUAUUGUAUUGUUAUGAUGACUUGUGUCAUCGUAGUACACUAUUAUGAGCCUCACAAAAAAAAAUGUGCGACUUUCAAACAAGGCUGAUAAACAAGGCAGGUCAUGUGAUUUUCCGUGGCACUGGCGUAUUGUUCGAGCUAAAUGUUCGUCGUCUGCGGAAUUAUGUUUGUCGUCUGCGGAUAACGGUAAACAAAUAUAUUUGUUCGAAAUGUUCCUCGUCUGCGUUGGGCUUUAAUGACACAGAUGUAUAUUGUAUGCACUUUACAAGUGACCGUCAAUUCAUUUAUCCGUAAAAUUGUUUCUGUUGUAAUUAAAGUAUUAUAUAUUCAUUUUGA